CAUUAGUUGGAAAACAUCGAAGCCAUAAACAGCUCACAAACCAAAAAGAACAAGGAGAGAAAUAAUUUCACAAAAUAAAUUCAUAAAGAUUUACAUUUUUUGGCAAUUGAAACAACGUCAGUGGCAAAAAAAAGUGAUUACUUGUUAUAUAAAAUUGAAUAAAAUAGUUGAAAAAAAAAUCACCAAAGAAAAAACUAGUGUUUGACAAAGUUUAUUACAAAUAACUAACUAAAUUCCUAAAUAAAAUAUAAAGAAAAUUUUUGCAAAAAUGAAGCCUACUACUGUUGAAAGUUUGGAAGUCAUUUCACCGAAAGUACAAAUCACUGAUAGUUUUAUUGAAACCGAUUAUGAGUAUCAAACUUCACAAGUUAAAUAUUUACCCAAUGGAAAAAUUCAGGUCUUUCCUGAAACUACCAACAUAAAAAUCCGCACCGAUAAACGUGUACCCCGCUUGGGUUUAAUGUUAGUGGGCUGGGGUGGCAAUAAUGGUUCCACCUUAACCGCUGCUCUCGAAUCCAAUCGCCGUCAAUUGCAAUGGCGCAAACGUACCGGCAUACAAAAGUCCAAUUGGUUCGGUUCCAUAACACAAGCCUCCACCGUUCUCUUGGGUUCGGAUGAAGAAGGCAAAGAUGUUUAUGUGCCCAUGAAGGACUUAGUACCCAUGGUCGAUCCCGAUAACAUUAUUGUCGAUGGCUGGGACAUUAGCUCCCUCAACAUUGGUGAAUCUAUGCGUCGUGCUCAGGUUUUGGAUGUAGAGCUACAGGAUCAAUUGUACAAAGAUUUAAGCCAAAUGAAACCCCGCCCCUCUAUAUACGAUCCCGACUUUAUUGCCGCCAAUCAAUUGGACCGAGCCGAUAAUCUCAUCAAGGGCACCAAAUUCGAACAGUAUGAGCAGAUACGCCGUGACAUACAAGAUUUUAAGAGCAAGAAGAAUUUGGAUUCGAUUUUAGUGCUGUGGACCGCCAACACUGAACGUUUCAGUGAAAUUAAGUCGGGUUUGAAUAUGACCAUGCAGGAAUUGGAAGAAUCUUUAAGGGCUAACAAAUCGGAAAUCUCACCCUCCACCAUCUUUGCCAUGGCCAGUAUUGAUGAGGGUUGCACCUAUAUUAAUGGUUCGCCACAAAAUACUUUUGUACCUGGCCUCCUGGAGUUGGCCGAACAUAAGGGUGUGUUUAUAGCCGGUGAUGAUUUCAAAUCGGGCCAAACUAAAUUGAAAUCUGUGUUGGUGGAUUUCUUGGUGGGUGCUGGCAUUAAGCCAGUGUCGAUUGUCAGUUACAAUCAUUUGGGAAAUAAUGAUGGCAAGAAUUUGUCGGCUCCCCAGCAGUUUAGAUCGAAGGAGAUCUCCAAGAGCAAUGUUGUCGAUGACAUGGUUGAAUCCAAUAAAAUUCUCUACAAACCCAAAGAACAUCCCGAUCAUGUGGUGGUCAUCAAAUAUGUACCCUAUGUAGGUGACAGCAAGCGGGCCAUGGACGAAUACACUUCGGAAAUUAUGAUGGGUGGCCACAACACUCUCGUCAUACACAAUACCUGUGAGGAUUCUCUAUUGGCUUCUCCGCUCAUUUUGGAUUUGGUUAUUUUGGGUGAAUUGUGUUCACGCAUACAGCUCAAGAAUAACAAUGAGGAAAAUGCUGCCUGGGUUCCAUUCAAGCCUGUUUUAUCGUUGCUCAGUUAUUUGUGCAAGGCACCUUUGGUGCCCAAGGGAACACAGGUGGUUAACUCGUUGUUCCGUCAAAGGGCAGCAAUUGAGAAUAUAUUGCGUGGUUGCAUUGGUUUGCCACCAAAUAAUCAUAUGACUUUGGAGCAAAGAUUUGAUUUCUCCAGCAUUACUAAUGAGCCACCCACCAAAAAACUCAAGACCUCCGCGGGCGUUAAAACCAACCUGGCCAAUGGCAAACAACAGCUCAAUGGUCAUUCGAAUGGCAUUGCCACAAAUGGUACAAAUGGUGUUCAUUAAAUUGCACCGCAAUUUUCAAUUUCAUUCCCCCCCCACCAACUCUCAUUAUCAUUUUGUUAAAAAGAAAACAAAAAACAAAAUCCAAACAAAUCUUUUAAAGAAUAUUGGAGUUUAAAAAAAGAUAAAUCUAUCAAAUAAACUUUGUUAAAUAUGUUUGUAUUUUAGAAAACUUAUUGGUAGUAUGUAGUUUUGGCAAAACCAAACCAUUGCUGUGGCAAUUAUGUAUCUACAAAAUAUGUAUGUUUAUAUUUCCCCCCUUUAACCUUUUUCUCUAAAAUGUUAUUAGUAUUAAGAAAAGAAAUACUUAUUUUAUUUACUAUAUAAAACAUUCAUAAUCUACACAUAUUGAUGUACAAUUGUUUUUUGAACAAAAAAAUCUAAAUAUUUUUCUCUUAGAUUAGAUUGACAAACAAUACAAUUUAUAACAGACAGACAGAUAGACAGACAGAAAGUUUUAAAGAAAUUUUAAAUUUCUUUAUUUUUUGUUAUUAAUAAAACAAACUAAAUGUGAGCUGUAAUAUUUUUACCUGAAUGUUUAUAAAGUUAUUUUUUUUUCUUUCUUAUUGUUGAGGUGCUGUUUUAAGUUUUUCGUUUUUCGUGGCCUAAGAAAAAUGUUUCAAGUACCUUAAUUUUUUAAUAUUUAAGUUUACUUACUUACAACUAUUGUUCUAAUAACAAUUGUAAUUGUUGUAAUUUCCAAGAAAUAUAAAUGAAUUAAUUGUAAAAUUCUUGUAAACAUUAUGGCAUAUAAAUUGUUUAAUUUUCUUGGAAAUAUUUUUUAUUAGAUUACUAUAUAUUUUUUUAUAUACUUAUAGUACAUAUACAUACAAACAAACAAACAAACAUAAUUAUAUUAUAAAUAAUAAUAAAUAAUCUGUUUUAAAUACAACUUUAACUACAACUUAGUGUAGUUAUUUUCCAAGAAUUAUGUUUAAUUUUCAAAUUAUUAUUAUUUUGUAAAGAUUUUAUUUUUUUGAAAUAAAUUUUGAAAACUUGCAAUUUAUCGAAAAAA